AUGGAAGUUGAGGAUGGAUUAAGGGAUGAUUUAGAGACGUUGAGGAGAUGUACGAUAGAAGGAAAUGUAGAGGGUGCUAAACAAGUUGUUUUUGAAUGUGAAAAAAUGUUUAAAUUGUCUUUCAUUGACCAGCGUGUUAACUACCACAUGUCUGCGAUGACAAAGCAUGAAUUCUCAACUGCACUUAUCCCAAGAGAAGUGGAACUGAGGAGUUGCAUUGCUCUCAAAACUACAGGGAAUGCCAACUGUAUGUUUAAUGCUGCUUCACUGUUGUUGGCGGAAAACGAAUCGCUAAGUGAUGUGAUAAGACUACUCAUUGCUGGAGUACUUUUCUUUUCCUCAAAAUUCUACAUACAAACUAUUCAAGACAGGUUCUUGGAAGUAGAAAAAGAGACCCCCUAUUCAGAGGCCACUGUCUUCUCAAAUAUCCUAACAGAGGCAGGUGAGAAAGAUAUGACAAACUCAAAAAAUCACCUCAAAGCUAUUCACGCAGAAGCAUGCGAUAUAUGCCUUACAAACAACUGGAAUGGGAUGGUUCAAAUGAUGGCCUUGUCCACUGUUUGAAGACGGCCAACAUUCAGGAUUGACUUUCUGUAACUUAUUGACAAUUUUGUUGAGGUUUAUUUGAAGACGUUUAGUACAUUGUAUUCUAUUUUUUUUUCUUGAAGAUAAUUUUUGGCGACUAGAAUACUUGUCCUGGUGACCAAAAAUGAAAACUUAGAGAGCAGCUGGCUCUAAGAUUUUUUUCUGAACGUCGAGCCCUGAAAAAUGACAUUAUAUCCCCCCUCAAAAUUCAAGCUUUUCUAUGCAGCUCUGGUGCUUUGAAUUAAUGCUUAUUUGUUAAUCGAACAUUCAACUUCUAUAAUUCAACAUUCACAAUUUCAACAUUCAUAUGUUAAACACUAUUCACAUGCGACAUUCAUGAGUGUGUUGCGUAUAAUGCAAUAUGCAUGCUGCCCAAUCCAACAUUAUUGUUUUCGUUAAUCACAAACCAACAAUCAUAAGUUAAAUUCCAUUUCCUUUUAUUUACAUGUGACAUUGAUCUCUUUCAUUGCAAUGUUCAUGCUCAGUUUGUGUGUUAUGGUGCAGAGUGCGAUAUGUUUGCAGCACAAUGCAAUAUUCUCAUUGGACACUGAACUUCAUGCUUGAGUGAGCUGACCUUGAGAUAGCAAAUCACUGUGUAAAAAUUUGUGGACUCAAAAUAGUUUGCACAUGCUUCCUCAGUCUAAUCCAGGCGUAGCAGUGAUGGGGGAUAAAAUGAACCCCAUAAGCCAUUUGCAAAGACCACAAUUCAUCGCAUUGCAGAUCAAUUGUUAACACUGGCAAAUCGAGAUACGUUGCACUCCAGUUUUUAGCAUGUUUUACUUUGUAAGGACUUUACGCUUUUGUUAGGUUCCACAUCAUUCCCCAUAACUUAAUGUAUGCAAAUGCUAUCACCAUUGUGCCCCCAGACAUCAACUUUUCAGCUGUUAUAGAAAUACUUUUUUAAUAAUGUGCAACAAACCUUGAAUAUUGUACAUCUUUCUUUUAGAAUCAAGAGAGAGCCAGAGAGACUGGUAUAAUAAAAUUGAUUGGCUGUCACGUUUUCAAAAUCCAAACAAAUAAUUUAAAAUCCCCUUCCAUCCUAACCAUCCUUGGCCAUCUUGACUUCCUAAUGAAAUUUUAAGACCAUAAUUGUUGGGUUUCUGGGUAAUUUUGCAAACCUCUGAAAAUCAUAGUCAAAAUGAGGACAAACGUCCAUCAGCUUUGUACCUUUCCUAAUUUCAGGUGAUACUGAUGAUCAGAAUUUUCAGGUUACCAGUCACGAAGCAAGGCCUGUUAGUUCAUCCAUACAGCAACAUCAAAGGGUGUUCAAUUCAAGCAGCCAUGGAGCUCGAGUAAUGAGAAGCCUGCACAUGCCACAAGUAAAAUGAACAAACACAAAAUGCAAAGUUGCACUUUGAAAUCUGUCUUUAUAAAAUUACUUGUGAAAAAACACCAACCUCUGUCUAUGAAAAGACAGCUCUCUUAACCUGGGGCCAGGGUUGAUCACAUUGGACAUUGACAGCUCCGCCAAAGAUCUCCACCAUUGUUGAGGAACAGCCUCCCGUCGCCUCAGCACUCACCCUCAACUCUGCAACAUGGAAACCUGCCUACAAUGGCAACCUCUCUGAAAUGGAAACCUGCCUGAAAUGGGAACCUCUCUGAAAUGAAAACCUGCUUAUGAAGACAAGCACCGAUUGAUAAACUUGUUAAUUAAUUUUCCUGGUCAAUGAACACUGAACAUUUCUUAAAUUGUUGUUGCUGUAGAGUGACCAUAGGGAGAGAGCAGCAACAUAAUCAGGAUUUAAGGGAAAUAUAUAAGGGGGGGAUGAAUUCUCGAAUUCAUCACUUUUUACCAGAAUGCAUUGCACUUAACCACACUUUUUACCAGAAUGCAUUGCAUUUAACCAGAGUGCACUGCACUACUUUUUACUAGAAUGCAUGAAAUAAAAACACGAUGAAGUUCGGUGGGUGAGAGCGGGCAUGGUUCACUGCCCAGACUCAGAGUUUUCUUUGUGGCAAAUUUUCUACAGCACGGUUAGAGGUCUUAACAAAUUUAAGACAAGCAGGAGUCUUUCAGAUGAGUACGAUGGUUAACUUGGGGAUUGGAUUUCAAUUCAAGAGCCUCUGAGACUCGCUCAGGCGUUAAACUUGACGAAAAGAUGAGCAUUUGCUCUUCGACCCCGCAACACCGGGGAUAUGCAAAUUCCAGCUUCGCCCCAAGCCAGGGGUGCUGGGUUCGAGUCCUACACAACUCUUUUUUUCCUUCUUUCUUUUUUCUCCUGUUUUUUUGUAUUGUCAUUUUCUUUAAAUAUAUACUUAUUUAAUAAAGCGCAAUAAACAGCAAGAAGAGUAUCGUGUUUCCAGGGAAAAGAUAGUACACCGUAUAUUAAAUAUAUGGAUAAACAAUCUGACUUUCUAUCAUUUGCUACAAUUUACUGUGGGAAAACCAGAGUUGAUAACCACUUGUCGUAAUGAUCAUUUUCCAAACAACGUUCCCACGAGUUCUUUCUACAGACUGAUGGUAAUUAUUGCUUUCCAACAUGUAAAUAGGACAUUCAAUGUCAUUUUCGAUUCUUUUAAGUCUCGAGGCCUAACUAAUGUCAGUAUCAACAGAAUGUUCCGCAGCAUUACUAUCUUUUAGAUACCCUAGUUUUAAUUGCUAAUUACUACUUUGAUUGUAAAGGGUGUUGACCAGUCUAGGUUCCAUUUGUUAAAAUUUUAUACACCGGUCAACAGGGGGAAGUGGGUUAGGAACGUUUAAAUUGUUUUAAAUGAAGUUGAACACAAAUUACACUUUCUAUUCAAUUGUAAUCUUUACGAUAGACUUCAAUCUAACUUUUACAGAAGCGUUAAUAAUAGAUACUCCCCUUUUUAUCAUUUUGACAACAAUGAAAAAACCCUCUUCAUAUUUAAUAUGUUGAUCCCCAAAUCUACAGCCUUACGGCUGCUUACAUACAUUCAUGUAUGGAAUAUAGACAAAAACGUGUUCUUCAAUUUUAGCCUAUAUUUUGAUUUCAGAUUUGCAACAUAAAUAAUGUAGGUAAUACCAUGUUAUCAAGUGGGAAUAGUUGUUGUUGUUGUUGUGUGCACGCCUUUUGCACACCUGCACGCAGUCCUUUGAAUUAUGGGAAUUAUGGUAUUUGAAUUAUGGAUUAACUCAUGUGAAAACAACCUAAAGGUCUUUUACUCUUUCUUACAAGCAUUCACAAGCAACAACGUUGCAUAUUGUGAUAGACGUAUAUGAAAUAAAUCAUAUACAAAAUUGCCUUGGCAACCUUCCGUACAUCUCAGUGUCAAGAUGACGACGAAGUUUUAAAAUGCAUGAAUGAAGAUGUCAGGGCACAAAAAGACGCUUUAGAAAACCUGAACACACAAGAGAACAUCAAGAAAGACUCUAACAGGUAUUUGCCAAAAAAGUCUGAAAAAUUUUGAACUUUAUAAGCCAAAUUUAAGGUCUAAACAUUUGAGAGAGUGGAGUUCUCAAUCGAUACGAUCCAGGAUAAACAUGUCAAAAAUCCAAGAUUGCUAACGUAAUACGUCACCCAUGAUAUUAAUAGGUAAUCAAAUGGUAUACUCGUGAAAUUAGGGAAUAAUUUCACUUGUCACCAUUUGAUUACACAUACUAAUCAUAACUAUGACAAAAUUGUCAAAUCUGAUUGGCUAUCAACUGCCCUGAUUUCAGCCAUAAUUGGACAGUUUAAUAGGACAGUACACGUCAUGCCUAAGUAAUUGGACAGUACGUGCCAUCAUGCGCGCGCUUAAAUGGCUUUUUUUUCACUGCUAGCAAACCAAAAUUUCGAAUUUCUUGUGUUUUGAUUUAAAAAAUAGCCUAUUAUAUUACAAAUUUUGUUAAAGUUUAUGAUUAAUUGGUCUGUAAUCAUACUCGUGAUUAAACAAAUCAGACUCCCGCUACGCGGUCAUCCGAUUUUGUUAAUCAAUCGUAUGAUUACAGACCGAAUUGGACUCCACUCAGUCCUGUUACCAUUACUUAUUGGCGGCAAUAUAACGCCAUACUCAAGUCUUUAUGAAGGCUUUGAAAUAGGCUUUUGUACAUUAUGCUAGCAUUUUUUCAAGCAUUUUAGUGAGGCAAAAGCAUUGGGCAUUAUUCGAGCAUUUUAGUGGCAUUUUCCAGGAAAAUUAAUUUUUGCGAGAAAAUAAAAUAGAAAUUAACUUUUUUCAGUCCUGCUUUUUUAAUGAAAAUGAAGACUAAAACUCAAAAUUCACAAAAAAACCUAAUACAGCUGAGUGGAGACUGAGAACAAGUCAGCGGUUUUACCUUUCAAGACUCCAAAGGCGGCCAUGUUGUUUGUCUUUAAUGUCAGAUCAGUCAGCUAACAAUCCUGACAACGUUGACCCGCCACCAGCACAAAGACAAAGUAUAAUUGAUGCCUUGAAAGCCCCGACUGCUUCAGACUUGGCUAGGAAACGAAAGGUUCCAUGUAAUUUACAGCCCAGUGGAAAGCGUUUUGUGCAUCCAAAGGGAACCAGCAACCCUAACGUGAGUAUUCGUCAGCAUUUACCGGAAUUUCCAGGGGAAAACUUCAAGGAAUCUGCAGGUACGUUAUUUUGUACUGGUUGUAGAGAGGAAGUUGGGCUAAAGAAGACAAUUAUUCAGCAGCACAUAAAAUCAUCGAAACAUAGCAGGGGGAAAGAGAGAUUAGCAGUUAAAGAGAGCAGGGAACAGGAUAUUGCAAAUGUGCUCAUAGCAUAUGACAACGAAAAUCAUCCAAAGGGUGAAAUGCAGCGUAUGGCCCAACGUGUUUAUAGAUUCAAAGUGGUUUGCACUUUCCUGAAAGCUGGCGUUGCCAUCAAUAAGAUAGAUCAAUUUAGAGAGAUUUUUGAAGAACAAGGCUAUUCGCGGUCACACAGCUCAAAUCUCUCGAGUAGCAGGCUCGUUUGAAAAUAGAGCUUGCAGCCACAGUGGAUGCAAUGGAACCUUUUGUCAAGGCAACAUGCAAUCUGGAAGGGGAUGGACCCCUGGCACUAUGAGCAUAUCAACACCUAAGAACUGUGGAGUCCAGUAUAGCUUAUGCCUAUUACCCUAAUGUCAUUGCCGUGUCCUGCUUACUCUCACAAGGAAACGUUCCCGUACAACAGCAGUGGAUUAACUAUGCUACACAGUAUAUACGGCCAGCAUAUCAAUAUUAUCAAGACAAAUUUAAUCAUGGUCCACUUCAGCCACUGGUCACAAUUUUCAAAUCAUGUCGUCUCUUUGACCCAGUCAAGGUGAAAGAGAUGCAACCUGAUGCUGCUGAUGGCGACACACUUCACUGUGUCUUCCCUUUUUUGAUGCAAACAAUGUCAUUCAACCUCUUCAGGGUGAGCUUGCAGCUUAUCAAGCUCUGA